AUGGGUGGAAUGAACUACCACAUCGAGAUCCAAUUUGCAGAUAGCAUCUGCUGGCUAGCGCGCAUUCGAAGAUUCAGUGUUACAUCCCCUCCACCAGCGCUGCAGGAGUUCAUACUACGCAGUGAAGUUGCCACACUUGAAUUCUUGAGAAAAACCAAUAUCCCUACCCCAGAAGUCUUCGAUUUCUGUGAUGAGACGAACCCUGUUGGUGUUCGGUACAUUAUCAUGGAAAAACUUCCAGGGAAAUCCCUCUGCUGGUCUGAUACUACACAAGAACAGCGGAUGAAGGUGAUAGAGCAGCUUGCUGAUAUCUAUAUCGAGUUACGGGCCCACCCCUUUCCCAUGAUGGGUUCUUUGGACGUUGGUUCUGAGCUUGCUAUUGGACCGUUUGCGAAAGAGUCAAUGGCUGACUUUGGGAAGUCUGGUUUGGAAAUGCUUGGACCGUUCUCUUCAUUGGAAGGAUAUUACAAUGCAUAUAUCGAAUUCAUUCUGGAUUUGAUUGUGCGGCAAGAGGCGUAUGCAAACCGUCCAAUAGAUGCCUUUUUGAUACAUCUCUAUCUCCAGGAGAAUCUCCUGGCUAUUCUGCCCGAUGCUAGCCUGGAUGAUGGAAAGUUCUAUCUCAAGCAUGCGGAUGAGAAAGGGGAUCAGAUUCUGGUUGACGACGACUUUCGAAUUACAGGUAUUAUUGACUGGGAGUGGGCGCAUACGGGUCCGAAAUCUGCAACUUUCAAUUCGCCUAUUGUUCUCCUUCCACUUGAUCGGUUCUAUGGUGGGCAUAAUGGCCUAGGGGAGGAUGAAUUGGCUUUUUCGAACUUGCUUGAACAGAAGGGAUGUCCGGAUCUUGGGGAGAUAGUCAGGAAGGGAAGGCUUCUUCAUCGGUUGCAAUUUUGCUGUGGUUAUGAACUUCCCGAUUGGAAUGGAUAUAAGGAUAUCUUUAUGGGACUUGUUAGGGCUGUACGCGAUGGGAAUGACAGUCUGGAUUAUGAGACUUGGAGGGCAGAGGCUAUGGAGCGGUACCGUGCUGAUCAUCGGCUGCAAGAUCUUUUGCAGAUGUAG